GCACUGAAUGAAAAAAUAAAAAAUGUUUCGGCUCCCACACGGGAACUUUGUUCACAAUCAUUGUCACCUCGAAAUGUGACAAUUGUUUGAAAUGAAAAUGUCUUUUCAUUUUUCACUGAAUGCUUUUUUCUUAGUUCUUGGUCGGCAUUCUCUUUUUUUCAUCAUGAAGAAUGGAAAUAAAUGUGCAGCUGGACAGUAUACCAGCAUAGGAUGGAAGACAUGCUCUAUUAAAGUAAUGCAAGAACAAUAAAAUUGGAGCAAGGGGGGGCUGAGACUUUCGGUCACAAGAAUAUACAGUAUAUCAAACAAUUUUCAAAUCAUAUUAUACUAUUUGCCUGAUGCACUUUAGCCAGGCUUUUAACUGUGGAACAGGCUUUGUCAUUGCAUGAACAAUUGGUAGUGGAAUGACUAUGACACAUUCGAGGUACACUGAACGAAGUGUUAUCACAAAAUAAAAAGAUAGCAUAGCCUUGCAAAUAGUUACAUCUUAUCAUUGGUGUAAUGCCAAAUUAUGUUCAUACACAGCUUUUCAAGGAGCAGCAGCCUUGCUUAACAGGAAAAAUGACAGGCACCGAGGUCGACUUGGCUGGUGAUGGCCGCUGUGAUUCACCAGGGCACAGCACAAAGUACUGCACAUACAGUCUACUUUGCACACAGGCUAACCAAAUCUUGUACUGUGAGCAAGUACAAGUAAGACAGGCAAGCAGUGCCAAGCAGCACUUCAAUGGAGAAGGAAGGGUUGGUGAGGAGCCUGGACUACUUGGAAAAACAGGGCAUCACAGUGCGCUCCCUAACCACAGGAGUGAAGAAGAAGCUCAAAGCAGCUGCCGAAUUCCACAACUGUGGUUAUAUUCAGCAAUGGAUAGACAGCAUAAUAAACCAUCUUUACUGGGUGGCUGCUAUGGGACUAGGUGAUGGCGACCUAAUAGUGAGCAUGUGGAAGUCCCUGGUGAACCGCAUCUGUGACCAGCGUCAUGGACAUGAAGGGUCCUUCACAGAAUGUCUGCAUGGCCCCUUUGAAGACAGAGCAUGGAUGACACGAGUUUCACCGGCCUUUCAAAAGCUGAGAUUAGUUUUGGAAAGCCCUCGCUCGCCAAGUGAUCUGCGCCACCUUUCACCUGGAGCACAGACAUCCUCAUUAGAGUCGUUCAACAGCUUGCUGAUUUACUUUGCCCCUAAAUCUGUGGCUUACUCACCAGAUGGCAUGAAAGCAAGGUCUCAACUAGCUGUUCUUCAUUUUAAUGAGAAUGCUUCAAGACAUCAGGCUUGCACCAGGAAAGGAACAUUACGAUGGAAAGUAAAGCUCAGCAAAGCAAGGAAGGGGCACUUCAGCAUCGCCCCUUGCAAGACACUGCCAACCUAUGGCUACGUUCACAAGCUCGUUCAAGCAGUAAUGAUGAGGUGUGAGGCCAGCUCAUACCAGAGCAGCCUUGCCAGCAGCUCAUCUGGGCCACACAACAUGACAGAUGGUUAUGAAAAGCCAGCCAAGGAGGAACUGAUUGCUACACGACAUUUGAGAUUUUCUGCUACAGCUGAGUAAUUUUUAAGAAGAUCGCUGCCUUUUUUUUUUUUGCUUUUAUCAGAACAGCAACUGCCUACCUUGCAUCUGUAUGUAUGCAUAGCUUGCUCUCCCCCUCCCUUGAUGAGGGUAGGAGGAGGAGAAGAAUAAGCUGGUGCGCGAGUAAGUGGAAUUGAGAAUGUUCAAAAAAAGAGGAGGAAGGAGAAAAAGAAAAGAGGGGCUGAGGACAGGUGUUUAGUUGUCAGACUGAGAGAACAGGUAGCGAAACUGAUACUGGAUUAGAAGCAAGGCUGACAAAAAAUGUAAGCGGAUGCAAACAUGCAAGCAGUUGCUGGCAACGACCGCAGGCCCAUCGUUCCGCAAAGGAGGGAAUAAGAAGUUGUGCUGUUCGAACGCAUGGGAACAAAAACAGAAGAAAAAAAUUAAGAAAAAAAAUGAAGAAAGAGAAAAUUUAGAAGGAACUGAGUUUUAACAGAACAUGUUCGGUUAAGAGUAAAAAAUACAAAAAGUUGAGGGGGAGGGAAACAAGAUUGAUCAAAUAUUAAAUAAAUUAAAAUAAUAGCUAAUACUGGGGAAGACAGAUUAGCAAAACACUGUGAGAAAUAUGUAUGGAAAAUAAAAUUCCAUCACCUGCACUGAAGAUGUAUCAUUGUUAAGACUGCUGUUAGUGAAUACAUCUUUAGAUAUUUCACCUAAUAUAUUGUUCCAUAAGUAUUCCUAUUCAUUGCUUGUGUGUGAUUUUUAUGCUAAUUUAUUGCACCCACACCCCCUGGGCCCUGACUGUAUUGAAAUAAAUAAAUCAAUCAAACUGCACUUUGAGUCAUCCCUUUGCAGUCCAAUUCUUCACAUAAGUAAGCAGUAGGCCAAUUGUAAUGGCUAUUGAUCAAAUUCAAAAUGUACAAGCUUCUGCAAUGGCAACAAUUAAAAAUGAUUCCAGCAGACGAUGCAAACACAGCAAUUGCUAAACCACAUGCUUCCUCUUGGUUUAUACAAAUUAGUAGGGGUGAGCGAAUAGCAGUUUUUGGAGACGAAUGGAAUAUGAAUCAAAGAGUGCUAGAAGUAAAUCAAAUUUAGAAUAUCUUUCAAAUAGUUUGCAAACAAUGUACAACCUUCUCGGCAACAAUUUUCACAUCCUGGUAUUCACGAAGAUGGAAAUGUUAUAUCCGCAUACUGCACAUCAUAAACCAUGCUUUCUUAAAAGCACAAAAGAACCGUUAGGGACAAGUAGAAAUUUUCCGGAAAUCGGGCCCUUCUGAGCAUAUGUGAUCAUGCAUUAUCGUACAAAGGUGAUAAAGGUAACAUUGUGGGUCAAUUUAUUAUGUGUGUAUACCUUCGCA